UCUGAAUGCCAUCCAACGACCGCCCAACCAACUCCUUCACUUUCAAUUUUGCGGACCAAGACACCCCUGUCGGCGGCCAGCUCUUCCGGCGACGUGAUGUCUGUCUGCAAGCUGCUGGAGGCUGGCGCAGUGAUUAUUCCAAAUAUUGGAGAUAAGGCCGUUAAAUCAAUGGAUGAAGCGGAGCCGACGCUCCGCUUCAUCCAGGCAGCUGAGAAUGGUCACCUCGAAGUACUCAAGUUACUACUCCCGGCUGCUAAGGGGCAAUUUAAGACCAAGGCGGCCACCUACGAAGCCUCCGAGGAGUGUUGGAGAGAGGUGCUGAACGCAGCCAUUCGAAGUGGCAGCGAAGAUGCUGUGUCCCUCGUACUGGACAUCAGUGAACUGCAGUUGGGCUCCAGGAAAAAGAAUCACAGUGCGCUACGAAGACCCACCGUUGUUUGAAGCGGUGAAGUACGACAACACUGGGAUGGUGAAGCUACUCCUUUCACGUGGAGCUAGCUUGAAGGAUCGCAAUCUUGUAGGCCACACCUUGCUGCACACGACGACAGAGUAUAAUGCGCAAAAAGUGUUCGAUUUAAUUGUCACCGACGCACCCAAGGACGAGGUAGACCAGCAGGGCAACACAGCGCUGCACUAUGCCGUCAAUUACGGCCACGUCAACCUCACCGCGCGUCUGCUUGCUGCAGGGGCAGAUGUGAAUGCUACAAAUACCCGAAUGGUGACACCUCUGCAUCUGGCAGUACGUCGUGGACGUGUAGAUAUUGCCAGAAUGCUGCUGGUGAAUGGUAAAGCGGACCCGAACACGAAAGACUACACUGGCAACACCCCGCUGCUCGAUGCCAUCGUUCUCGACGAAGCCAGCUUUGCCGAAGAAGAGUUUUUUUUUUUUUUUUUUUUCAAUCUGGUGCUACCGUCGUCGAAGAACAACCAGAACGCAUUCAUGUUGCGCUUGCCCAACUAUUGCUCUCGCAUGGGGCAGACGUGAAUGUGGAAAAUGACACUUCGGGGUAUUCUCCGCUGCACCAGGCUCUUCGCGAUGGGUACGAACGCACUGCAGCGGUGUUGCUCGCGCGUGGAGCUGACGAAGAGCAAGUUUGGGGUGACACCGUUGCAUGUGGCUGCCGCUUUCGACGCGAGUGCUAGUCUGUGAAAGGAGCUUCUUGCGCAUGGUGCGGACCCGUUCGCGGCGAAUGAUGAUGGAAAGACCCCGCUGGAGCUGAUUCCCGAAGGGGAGAUGCGGGAGCAGAUCGAGAAGCUGGUUGCCGACUUCCAGCACGCGUAAGUGGUCCGAUGGGUCUCACUGUCGCACCCUUUUCGUUAUGCAGGAUCUCCUUCUGGGUGCUAGGCAACAGAGUCUCUGUCAGAGGCGCUGCUUUGCCUCGAUGAAAUGCAAGGCGAGCAAUACAUGUUGGAUUGGACAUAGCAAUGAUGUUUCAUACCUCAAGUACUCCUCAAUCUUAUUGGUCAAAAAGUCA